AUGGGUUUCAUCAAGUCUGCCUCCAUUGCCAGCGUCCUCAUCGGCGCUGCCACCGCCUCUCCCCACUAUGCUCCUCCCUCCAACGAGACCGUCAAGUACACCACUGAGGUCGUCACUCACCUGACCACCUACUGCCCUGAGGCCACCACUCUCACCUACGGCGAGAAGACCUACACCAUCACUGAGGCCACCACCCUCACCAUCGAGGACUGCUCUUGCACCAUCACCAAGCCCGUUGCUACCGGCACUGGCUAUGCUGCUCCUCCCAAGCCCACUCACGCCAAGGACUGCGCUGAGAUGUGCUCUGACAAGUACGAUGACUGCCGUGUCGCCCCCAACGCCAACAUGGCUACCUGCGCUGCUGAGUACGCUGCCUGCUUGAACUACAACCCCUGGGAGAGCGGCAAGUUCGUCAAGCCUACCUCUUGCCACGCCGGUGGAAAGCCCACUGCUGUCUACACCACCGAGGUUGUCACCGCUGUCACCACCUACUGCCCUGAGGCCACCACCCUCACCUACGGCAACAAGACCAUCCCCGUCACUGCUCCCGGCACUGUCACCGUCCCUGACUGCCACUUCACCACCACCAAGCCCAUUGGCUGUGCUGAGAAGUGCUCCGACGCCUACAACAAGUGCCGCACCGGUGCUGAUGCCAACAUGUCUUACUGCGCUGCUACCUACGCUGAGUGCCUUGGCUACUCUCCCUUCAACGGUGAGGGUUCUCUCGUCACCCCCACUGCUUGCUCUGUCGCUCCUGUUGCCACCAAGCCUGCUACCGCUCCCGCCUACAACCCUCCUGCCGGUACCAAGCCCGCUGGUGCUCCUCCUGCUACUACCCCCACUCACGUCGUCACUGCUGGUGCCGCCCAGGUUGUCCCUGCCGGUAUCAUUGCCGUCGUUGGUGCUCUUGCCAUGCUCUAA